UGCAAACACAGCUCGUUCAAACCCACUGCAAUCUAACCUGUAGUUUAUAUAAACACUGUCUGUCACAGCUAGAACAGCAGAACAGAAGAGUGCUGCAGAAGGAAUAGACUAUGUGUUCUCCAGCCUGCUCUGGUUAACUCCAUGUCGCCCUUGCGUUGCUAACCAUGGUGUACUGCUGAGUCCAGCUGUGGCGAGCACACUACAGAGUGGAGAGGAUAGAGAGCUGCUUUUGAUUACCCCAUCACGCGAGGCUGGCCUCAAAAAAUGUCUGCAGAGGUGGAACCCGGCAUGCCUCCAGCCGAGCAGGCACCCAUGAAGACGCCAUCCAAGAAGGAAAAGAAGAAGGCUUCAGCUUCUCCAGAGAAAACAGAUGAAUUCCUGCUGGCCAGGUUCAAAAAUGAUGGCGUACGGUACAAAUCCAAACUCAUCGGAGUGGACGACGUGCCUGAGGCCAGAGGGGACAAAAUGAGCCAAGACUCUAUGAUGAAACUAAAAGGCAAGGCAGCAGCUGCUCGCUCUCAGGGGAAACACAAGCAGAGAGUGUGGGUGAACAUCUCCCUGUCUGGAAUCACCAUCACAGAUGAGAAGACGGGGGCAACAGUGCUGGAACAUGCUGUAAAUAAGAUCUCCUUCAUAGCUCGGGAUGUGACUGACAACCGAGCGUUCGGCUACGUGUGCGGCGCGGAGGGCCAGCACCAGUUCUUUGCCAUUAAAACUGCACAGCAGGCCGAACCUCUGGUCAUCGAUCUGAAGGAUCUUUUUCAGCUCAUCUUCAACAUGAAGAAAAAAGAAGCAGAAGGUUCAAAGAAGGUAGAACAAAAUAAGGUGGUAGAAAACGGCAGCCAUGGCAAUGAUAGGAAAGGUGUUGAACAGCUGGACUUGUUUGGAGACAUGUCAACCCCACCAGACAUGCACUCUCCCACGGAAUCCAACGACAUCCUCUUGCUGGAUCUGUCUAAUGAGAUAGACAGCAACCAGAACUGUGUGAAAAGCAACCCAUUUACCAGCUCAUCCUCUACCCUCAGAGCCCAGCCCAGCCUCUCGUCUGAGAACCCCUUCACCUCCAAGCUCAGCUUCUUUCCCACCCCAAACCAUGAUCCCUUCAGCGACGACCCCUUCUCCAAAACCAACAACCAAUCAGCUACUCACAGCACCAACCACCUUUUCAACGGUGACUCCAAGAACGGCGAUUCGGACCACCUGGGCCCGCAGUUUGAUCGGCUCUCCAACAGGACCAAGGUUCACUGUGUCAGUAAUGGCCAGUGGCCUGUGGAUGGCAGGCCGGCCGAUGCUGCUGCCUGGACUCACAAUAACAUACCUGAAAAAGAACAGAACGGCCAUAAUGAACAAACACCAAAUCCAUUUCUGGAGUCUGCGGUCGAUAAUCAGCCCAUUCAGAAUGGUGUGAAGCAUGAGAAUGGAAACAAGCCUGAGACUGCCAGUGUCCAAGCCAAGGAUUCAGUCAUCAUCAGCCCUCCACCACUCAACACAAAAGCUGGCAGAGGAAGAAGGAGCGUGAAGUCUCCAACACAUGAAAAUCUUGCAGCAGUUCCAUUCACUUCACAAAACCAGUCAGAAUCUCCAUCUCCUCCUCGUCCAGACUGCACCUCAGUAAACUCAGUUACUUUCUUCAGCAAGAGCACCACCAACUCCACAGACACCAUUACAAGCCUUGAAGGAUUGUCUCUUGGACCUUCAUCUUCCUCCUCCAAUCCUACUCCAACUUCAUGGAAUGAGCCCCUCACAUCCAUCUUUCCCAACACUAACAGCGUCAGCCAGACUUUCACCCAGCCUCCAGCCUACUCCACACCUCCAGUACCCACCUGGGCAGGCAGCCAGGGAGUUUUUGAAACCUCAUCCACUCAACAGAUUCCAUCUUGGGGACAGAAUGGCACUUCUGUCUCGAAUUCAUCCUGGACCCAGAAUUCCACCAUGGGGAACCCCUUCCAGGCAAGCAUCUUUCCUCCAGUAUCAAGCUUAGAAAGUGAGGCACAGCAGAGCUCCAACGUCCCUCCCCUGAUCCCACCCAGAGCUGGACCAGUCAAAGACCCCCCUAAGGUGGACACUAAUGCCUUUAUAGACCUGGAUCCUUUGGGAGAAAGGGGGCAGAGGGAUAUCAAGGACAUGUUCAAGGAUUUCCAAAUGGCUAAGCCACCUAACGCUACGAUUAAGAUUGAGCCAUUACAAGUAGGCGGUCAGAACCUGUUUGAUAGCCCUUUUGGAUCAUUUGGAACACCUAUGAUGAGCGCUCCUGCUAUCAAAGCAGUGGGGUCGGAUCAUUUUAGAGCCCCAUUUGGAAACCCCUUUGCAUGAUGACCAUUCACGUUCAUGGACCCAUAAACAGCUCUUGCUGAAAUCAAACAUUUCUCCAUGAUGUGCAGCUCGUUCCAGAGCAGAUCUGCAAACCAUGACGCCACUGCCAUCUAACCAGUUUCUCAAAAACUUCAAGAUGUUUUUACCCCAUCCCAACCUCCUAAGAAAAACACCCUAAGUAAAGCACCCUGAGAUAAACCUACAUGUGGUUCUUAAGCCCACAAAGGCAUAGUGUAAAUGUACAUGACUGGCAGUUACAUUUGCUUUGUAUUAUAUGGCACUACCCUAGUGGUUAUUGUAGCCACUGGCAUUAUAGCACAAACUGAAUCAGAAGAGAACACUGAUUGCACAGGAACGUUGCACAGGUAAAAGUAAUGGAAGAAGAAUAGUAGCAUGUCAUAUGUCAUUUUUUUCUUCUUUGCUGCAGUAUUAAUACUUACGUUUUAGUUUCUUCUUGUGCUUUGAUUCUUUUUUUACUUGCUUUAUA